AUGUCAAGCGAAAAACGGGCGGGCUUCGUAGUCCAGUUGGAAACUGUGGCGGAGGAGACUGAUGUUGAGCGCCACCAGUUGUCUGCAAACGGAAAUGUUUUCAUGCCUUUAACGGAUUCUUCAGACGGUAAUCUGGACGAAGCCUAUCUCCACCUGGCACCUUGCACGCCGACACUGACCAAUGAACAGUUCCUUAUAACAGAGGUACAGUACUAUAGUGAAAAUGGCGACGGGACGGGAGACUAUACCGACGAGCCUGUCAAAGAGUCCACAGUCUUUAAAGAACCUCUCACCUCAACGGAAGAUUUGGUGCAAGCUGAUCUCGGCGCUGGCGAUGGUUUCGAAAUUGAUUUCAUGAAUAGUUCAAUUGAGAAUGACUUGAAUUCUGAUCAGGACGAUAAGGAAGAUCAAGACCAUGAUGUAACAGGCAAAGCCCAGUAUUUAGAACUUUGCCAAGAAAUGGGCGUCCAUCCUGUGUCCCGUUUCGUCCGUCAUAUUAAAAAUGAUCACAUUUCCUUACCCUACUAUGGUCUUGGGCAGGGUGCCAUCAAACCUAUAACGAUAGUUCUUCGGAACAGCUUAACUCUUGAAAAGCUUGAUUUGACCGAAAAUCAGAUCGACGAAGAAGGAACACAGUUCAUCAGCAAAAUGCUAGAAGAGAAUGACUUUAUCACCGACUUGAAUCUAUCAUACAACCAAAUUGGAUCCGUGGGGGUUAAUCACAUAGCAAAUAUGCUUUGCCACAACACAGGACUCCGACAUCUGAACCUCUCAGGAAACAACCUCGAAGAUGAUGUUAUCGAAACACUGAUGGAAGCCUUAGAGAGAAAUAAAUAUCUGGAAGAAAUCAAUUUGAGCAAAAAUAAAUUCAGUGAAAAAGGUGGACAAAUAUUUGGCCCGGCUCUUUGUGACUGGGCUCCUAUCUAUCUAUCUCCUGUUUAUCUAUCUAUCUAUCUAUCUCCUGUUUAUCUAUCUAUCUAUCUAUCUAUCUCCUGUUUAUCUAUCUAUCUAUCUAUCUAUCUCCUGUUUAUCUAUCUAUCUAUCUAUCUAUCUCCUGUUUAUCUAUCUAUCUAUCUAUCUAUCUCCUGUUUAUCUAUCUAUCUAUCUAUCUCCUGUUUAUCUAUCUAUCUAUCUAUCUAUCUCCUGUUUAUCUAUCUAUCUAUCUAUCUAUCUCCUGUUUAUCUAUUAUAUCUAUCUAUCUAUCUCCUGUUUAUCUAUCUAUCUAUCUAUCUAUCUCCUGUUUAUUAUCUAUUAUCUAUCUAUCUCCUGUUUAUCUAUAUCUAUCUAUCUAUCUCCUGUUUAUCUAUCUAUCUAUCUAUUUAUCUCCAUUUAUCUAUCUAUAUCUGUUUAUCUAUCUGUUUAUCUAUUAUCUAUCUAUUAUCUCCUGUUUAUCUAUCUAUCUAUCUAUCUCCUGUUUAUCAUAUAUCUAUCUAUCUAUCUCCUGUUUAUCUAUCUAAAAUCUAUCUAUCUUUGUUUAUCUAUCUAUCUAUCUAUCUGAAUUUUAUUCAUCUAUCUAUCUGUUUAUCUAUUUAUCCUCCCUGUUUAUCUAUUCUAUCUAUCUAUCUAUCUAUCUAUCUCCUGUUUAUCUAUUCAUCUAUCUAUGUUUAUCUAUUAUCUAUCUCCUGUUUUAUUAUCUAUCUAUCUCCUGUUUAUCUAUCUAUCUAUCUCCUGUUUAUCUAUCUAUCUAUCUCCUGUUUAUCUAUCUAUCUAUCUCCUGUUUAUCUAUCUAUCUAUCUAUCUAUCUCCUGUUUAUCUAUCUAUCUAUCUCAUUGUAAAUAA